GCCAUAUGGAUUUUUCUCAGAGAUGGCAAGUGGGCGAAGUGACGGUCAAGGGGUCGUCAGAUUACGGUCAUUUUUUCAUUGGAAAAUAUUUUUGUAUUCGCGUUCUUGAAUUUGUUUUUUUUUUUGAGAAGAACCAUCUGCGUCGAUUAUAAUUGAUUUUGUAUGCAUUUUAUAAGACCUUUUUUAUACUUUGCAUUUGAAAUUUCUACGUGUCUAAAUGUAUCCAUUUGAAAAUCUUAAAAUCCAGCUCGCAAUAAAAGGAAUCUCAUCAAUCUCAUUUCGAGCGUAGAGAUGAUCUGCUCGUCGCAAUAAGUAGCGGUGUAUCUCAACAUUGAUUGUCGGGAGUACAAACAUCGCUCUCGAUCGAGGAAUGCAAUUUCAACACGCGUCGCGCAAAUAAUUAAGCGAUUCGUCCGACUUAUCUAAGCGCGUCACGGCAUCAGUCACGAUCGCGGUCACGCAGCGAAUCUCUCUCUCUCUCUCUCUCUCUCUCUCUCUCUCUCUCUCUCUCUCUCUCUGCCGCGCGAGAUUCUAUACUCCCCGCCCGCAGCUCUCGGGUAGUGCCUCCGAACGUGACACACGCAGUGUGCGCGCGCGCUCCUCCGCCGGAGCAACUCUUUCCACGCUUAUAUCGAGUACCGAGUAUACAGAAGCUCCCACUGCGGCGGAGACACCUCCUGCUUCCCGAUCGUACACUGCAGUUCUGCUAUUUCGACUAUUCAGCCGAAAUUCAUUUCGGAGCAAAAAGUGCGCAUAGAUGAGAGUCAAGCUGAUUCGUGACCCUCGCUGCGGACCGCACCGACGAGGGCUGCUCGAGACGAGCUGACGGCUCUGCUCGCUGCUGCACGAGCGUACAGUAUACGGUGAGAGCUUGUGAGAACUCGAGGGCUACCCAGCAUCGGCCUCACCACGGCUUCAACGUCGAAGCGCAGCCGUGAGCACCAUCGCCAUCACCGCAGGCGUCCAUCUCGUCCGGAUCGUUUCCCAACGAUGCCGAUAACGAAGAUCUGCUGCAUCGGCGCGGGCUAUGUGGGCGGCCCAACCUGCAGCGUUAUCGCCCUGAAAUGUCCCCACAUUCGCGUGACGGUGGUCGACAAGAGCUACGAACGCAUCGCCCAGUGGAACUCGUCGAAGCUGCCGAUCUACGAGCCGGGCCUCGAUGACGUCGUCCAGCAGCGCCGCAACAAGAACCUCUUCUUCUCCACCGAUAUCGCCCAGGCGAUCGAAGAAGCCGAGCUGAUCUUCAUCUCGGUGAACACGCCGACGAAGACCUUCGGCAACGGCAAGGGCCGCGCCGCCGAUCUGAAGUACGUGGAAAGCGCGGCCCGAAUGAUCGCCGACAUAGCGACCGGCGACAAAAUCGUCGUGGAGAAGAGCACAGUGCCGGUCCGCGCAGCCGAGAGCAUCAUGAACAUCCUGCGAGCCAAUCACAAGCCCGGCGUUUCCUAUCAGAUCUUAUCCAAUCCCGAGUUUCUGGCCGAGGGAACGGCGAUCGAGGAUCUGCUCAACGCCGAUCGAGUAUUGAUUGGUGGCGAGGAAUCGCCGGAGGGUCAAGCGGCAAUUGAGCAGCUCUGCCAAGUCUACGAGCACUGGAUACCACGAAAAAACAUCAUCACCACCAACACUUGGAGCUCGGAAUUGUCAAAAUUGGCAGCCAACGCCAUUCUCGCUCAGAGGAUAUCCAGCAUAAACUCGCUGUCGGCCGUCUGCGAAGCCACGGGAGCCGAUGUCUCGGAAGUCGCUCGGGCCGUUGGCCUCGACUCGAGGAUCGGCCCGAAGUUCAUGCAGGCUUCCGUUGGUUUCGGCGGAUCUUGCUUUCAGAAGGACAUACUCAAUCUCGUUUACAUCUGCGAGUGCUUGAACCUGCCCGAGGUCGCAGCCUACUGGCAGCAGGUCAUCGACAUGAACGAGUAUCAGAAGUCGCGAUUCUCAGCCAAGGUGAUCGAGUCGCUCUUCAACACGGUGACGGACAAGAAGAUCUCGCUGCUGGGCUUCGCCUUCAAGAAGAACACGGGCGAUACGCGCGAGUCGCCAGCCAUCCACGUUGCCAAAACACUGCUGGACGAGGGAGCCAAACUGCACAUUUACGACCCCAAGGUCGAAGAAUCGCAGAUUCUUCUGGAUCUAACUCAUCCGAGUGUGACAGCAGAACCGGAACAUGUGAGAGAAAGAAUCAGUAUUUACAAGGACGCGUACAGCGCUACCAAGAAUACACACGCGAUCGUCAUCUGCACGGAGUGGGAUGAAUUUAUGGAAUUGGACUUCAAAAGGAUCUACGCGGAUAUGAUGAAGCCUGCUUACAUCUUCGAUGGCAGAAAGAUCCUGGACCACGACAAGCUGCAGAAAAUUGGAUUCAUCGUGCAAACCAUCGGAAAAAAGUUAAUUAGGUCUUCUAUCUCCAGAGUCUGGGGAAGCCAAACUCAGAUGUAAAAAUAUAAUCGAAAAAUGUAUAACCCUUAAAGAACGUUUGGCUGCGUAACAAUUGUAUUUUCUGCGCGAUUUACAUAAGUAAUUGAAACUGCCAUUGUCCGCUUUAUUAAUUUUUUGUAAGGACUGUCAAAGAAAAUUGUAUAUUUUAUCAUAAUAUAUAUUUUUACGUUAGGUGUAUUUGAUAAGGCAUGGGAGUUUCAAAUUCGUCUACCAUAUACUUGUAGCAGAAGUCAAUUAUAAAGACGUUAACAUUUUGGUCGGCGAGAACAAAAUUGUAUCUUAUAUAGUAUUUCCUUCUUUGAUUCUGUAGUUUAAGGAUUGUGUUUAUUAACACACGUAUACGCAUACGAACAAAUAUGUUAGUCAUUACAUAUUGCGAAAAGUAUAUCAAAUGCAUCGCAAAAGCUAUACUUAAAGUUAAAAUUGUAGAAAAUUAAAUUUUUUAGAGCAUUUACGUGUAUUAAUGUGACAUCGCGAAAAUGUUUUGGAUGAGGAUGCUCUUGACGAAGGCGAAACUUGGACAUUUCGAGAGACGUACAUUAAACGGUGCUAGUUAACUAAGUCGACGUAAGCUUACACGAUUCGUGGAGUCUUAAUACUACCGCUCUAUCAUAUAACAAAUAUAAGUAUUGUACAUUACAUAAUAAAUAUUACAUAAAAACUUUUAUAAUUUUUACAUAUCUUGUGAUAGGGUUUAAGCUCAACCACGCGUAUUAUUAGCAUGAAGAAUAAUUUGUAAAGGGAUGAAAAAAUAACGUAACGAAAUAAUAUCAUUACUGCAAUAUUAUGUUAAAGAUGCGUUCGAAAUAUUUCAAUAAUAUCCCGUCAGCAAUAAAGCUAUGUUUGUAGUUUUUAUAUAAAAAAUCGUUGUAUCAAUAUAGAUCAAUAACAUCGAUAAGUUCAAAAAA